CUGACUCGACAGCCUCAGCCCGCCAGGACCUCGUCGGCGAAUAGUCGGGGAGAUGGCCUCCCAUCGCCGGAGCGCGCUCUGCUACACAACCACCGCCACCAUAUUCCUCCUCCACCUUCUCGCCACCGCCGCCGCCUCCACCUCCUCCUCGGUACCCCAAGAACAGGACAGGACGGCGCUCCGCCAGCUCAAGAACGGGCUCUCGUCCGUCUCCGGCGACGUUCCCCGCCACUGGUCACCAGAAUCUGGCGGGGAACACUGCUCCUGGACGUCGGUGAGCUGCGACGCGCGGACCCGGGUCGUCGCCGUCUCCCUCCCUCCGCGACCCGACGGGGGCCUCGCUGGGCACUUGUCACCGGCGGUGGCUCGCCUCACCGAGCUCAAAGUACUCUCCUUACCCUCUCGCGGGCUGCGCGGAGAGAUCCCCGGUGAGUUAUGGCGUCUACAGCACCUGGAGGUUCUCAACCUCGCCGGCAACUCCCUCCGCGGCUCCCUUCCGGUCACCUUCCCCAAGGGACUGCGGAGCUUGGACCUUUCCGGCAACCAGCUCGCCGGAAGAAUCCCUCCUGGUAUAGGGGACUGCACGGCGCUCCGGCGGCUCCGGAUGUCCGCCAAUUCGUUGGAGGGUUUCAUCCCGCCGCAGAUUGGGAGGCUCGCCGAGCUGCGGGUUUUGGAGCUGUCCGGGAACAGGCUCGCCGGAGGCAUCCCGCCGGAGCUCCGGCAUUGCAGCUCUCUUGUCAAGAUCGACCUCAGCGGAAAUUUGCUUCAUGGUCAAGUGCCUUCCUCCAUUCUCAGGGAGCUCAGGAGCUUGAGGUUUCUGUCAUUGGCUGGGAACAAUUUCAGUGGUGAGAUACCAUCCGGUCUGGGCCAGCUGAGCACACUCAGGUUUCUAAAUUUGUCCUCCAAUUCUUUAUCAGGAGUGCUUCCUUUUGAUCUACUGGCACUAAGAAAUCACACUGAUCUACUGCUUGCAAACAAUCUGCUCUCUGGGGAGGUAUCAGCCCAUAUGUCAUCACUCCAAGUGGUUAACGUUUCCUCGGUGGCAGGUGAUAGUUCAGUGGUAAAUUCACCUCCCCAGCCUAGUGAAUUAUUUACAGUCAUCCCUCCAUUCCGAAGCUCGCGGGUACUGACCGAGGCAAACUCGGGCACGCCGGCUGAUGGUAGCAGUAGUGGUGGUCACUUGAGAACCGUAGAGAUUAUUCUGGCUGCUUCAGCUUCAGCAGUUAUUGUUGUUCUCUUACUAAUGAUCAUCGUGUACAUUUGCAAAAAGAGAUGUACCGGGAGGCCAGCAAGACGUUCUGGUAUUAGAAGGGAGGUGAAGGUUUUUCAUGGUCUUGAUAUUGGUGCUUCCCUGACUUAUGAGGCAGUUGUCCGCGCCACUGGUAAUUUUAAUGCAAGCAACUGCAUUGGUAGUGGCGGCUUUGGCGCGACAUAUAGAGCUGAGGUUGCACCUGGGAUUUUGGUGGCAAUAAAGAGGCUUUCUAUUGGGAGGCAGCACGGUGCCAAGCAAUUUCAAACAGAAGUUGAAACCCUUGGGCGGUGUCGCCAUCCUAAUCUUGUCACCCUCAUUGGGUUCCAUAUCAGUGACCAAGAGACAUUCCUGAUAUACAACUAUCUGCCUGGUGGCAACUUGCAAAGGUUCAUUCAAGACAGAACUAAGAUGCAAAUUAGUUGGAGAAUGCUUCACAAAAUUGCUCUGGAUAUUGCUCAGGCUCUUGCUUUCAUGCAUGACGAGUGCUCCCCCCGCAUUCUGCACCGAGAUGUUAAGCCAAGCAAUAUAUUGCUCGACGACCACUUCAAUGCAUAUCUCUCUGAUUUUGGAUUAGCAAAACUUCUCCGGAACUCAGAAACCCAUGCAACCACAAACGUCGCUGGUACUUUUGGUUAUGUCGCACCAGAGUAUGCAAUGACAUGCCGCGUGUCUGAUAAAGCAGAUGUUUAUAGCUAUGGAGUUGUACUUCUUGAACUGAUAUCCGAUAAGAAAGCACUGGAUCCAUCAUUUUCUCCAUAUGGAAAUGGUUUCAACAUCGUUAGUUGGGCUAAUAAGCUAAUCCAAAGAGGUAGAGUUCGUGAGUUCUUCGUCGAAGGCUUGUGGGAUAAGGCCCCACACGAUGACCUGGUUGAGAUUAUGAACCUGGGGGUCAUGUGCACAAUGGAGGUGCCUUCUUCUAGGCCCACAAUGAAGCAUGUUGUUCGGCGUCUAAGAGAACUCCGUCCGCCUUCUUACUAGGAACAGCAAGAAAGGAGGUCACCGGAGCUUAAUUAUGGUGAAUAGUGGUCUAUUUAGCGCAGCAGAUUCGAGGAUAAGAUGCACAUAUGCCGCCUUGUGUUCCAGGAACACCCUUAGUAUAGUUAGCAAGAUGAUAAGCCAUGUUUUUCUUUUCUUUUCUUUUCUUGUUUUCGUGAGAAAGACAACUUAAUCCCCCAACAUCUUCAGAUGAUUAAAUACCAUUGCAAUCGAAUUUGCUGGCUGUUAAAACA